AUGGCAUUUACAACCAUCCGUCCAAGAAAACGAAGACACAUCUUAAACGACACUUCAGUUAGCAUCACAAUACAGGACGUGAGAAAAGAAAUCACAAAGCAGUUUGAACAACUUAUGCCACUCAAGUACUGUAAGUCAAGUGAAAAGGUCUGUCCUGCAGGACCCCCCGGACUCCCUGGUACCACUGGGUCGAAGGGAUCACGUGGCAGGAGGGGACUGAAAGGAAAGAAGGGCUCUCAAGGUCCCAUGGGACCACCUGGAAAAUCCGGAAAAACAGGAAUGACGGGUCCUGCCGGACCGAGAGGAGAAAAGGGAGACAAGGGAGAACCUGGGCCAAAAGGCAUGCCGGGACCACCUGGAAGGCCUGGAAAAUCGAUAUCUGCACCACAAGUAAUGUUGUCACCAGCAGAACAGACAAGGGAUGAAGGAGGAGAUACAACUUUUUAUUGCACAGUUGGAGGAAAUCCUUCCCCGGUGGUGGAAUGGCGAUUCAUGGGAAGAAAGCUUGUGUCAGGUGCAAAGUAUUUUAUUAAACUGGGAGAGUUAGUCGUUAGAAAUCUGAGCUACAGCGAUGCUGGGCAGUACACGUGUCAUGCCAGGAACAUUCUUGGAUCAUCUGAGGCCACUGGUAACUUGUCUGUUCGAGGUAAGAGGUGCAUAAAACAUGUGAAGUUUGUUGUAAUAUCACGCUACUUGAUUGUCUAAUUUAUACUGUAUGCUCCAUAAUGUGCUUCAAAGGCGUGGAUUAAGAAGUACCAUUGUUUAACCUUGCAAUUUAUUCAUUACCUUCUCUUUAAUUUCAUUCAUGUAUAAAAUUUCCUUAUUAUUUCCUUGUUCAUCGCCCAGAAUUAGGCGACAUGCACCCGAGACUUUUUCUUGCUUGUUUGCGCGAAUAAUAAGACCAACGCUUGAAGGGUAAGACUUACGAGAUAGUGAUGGUGAUGAUGAUGAUGAUGAUGAUGAUGAUGAUGAUGAUGAUGAUGAUGAUGAGUACUUACGUGGUUUUGUGUCUGGAAACCCCAGGCAAAAUAACUAUACACACCAAGUGUUCGAAUCCCAUAUGUUGACUAAAGCAUACUUAGGUUUUACUUUAAACCAUCAGCAGACGACUAGCUUCGAUUUCAGAACUAGAUUGAAGAGACCACCUAACGUGAAGAAGUCUGUAAUAGCUCAGGACUCAAAGCUAACCGUGGACAUUUCUUAUUCAAAUGAGAAGCCUCUUUACCUGAGAAUCCGCGCGCGUUCCUUCUGUUGUUAUAUGUCGGUUCAAGGUUUCAAGGUUUGUUUAUAGUGGAAAGUACAUUUCGCUUAUCCAGCUACUUUAAAGGCACAGCGUUCAAUAAAUAAUUAGAAACAACUAAUCAAAUAAUUGUAUAUCAGUAACAGGAUUAAAAAACUCAGCUAGCGCCGGUGGAAGGCAACCUACAGGAUUUGCCAUUUACAAGCGUCCCGGGGGAUUUGAACUUGGGACGCGACCCGAGAACAAAUCCUGCAAGGUUACAAACGGCAUUCGAACCCGGCGCCGCCCGAUUGCGAGUCCCUGACGCGGUGAUCACUCGACUACGCAUACGCUGCCAAUUAUUAUUCGUAUGAUGUAUUACCCCAGAUUCUGAGCGGGUAAUAAUAGUUUUUCCUUAGUAAUCUAACAGUGUUAGGAAGGAUCCCUCGAGCAUCUGUUUUCUUACUGAACAUUUUCUCAAAACGUUCAGCUUUAAGUAACAGAAUGGCUCAAAGGCUUCUCCUUAAAUAUCCAUUAAUUAAUAUUCCUUUCAUAUUUGUGUUUUUUUAGGAAAGAUUAAAAAUUGGUUUAAUAUCCGAAGUCUUAAUAUAAAGCCUUCCUUGCUGUUGCUUAAAACAAAAUUAAAUAUAGCACGUAUUAGUUACAACUAUUUAUAAUCAAAAAUUAAAAUCAAUGAAUACAAGUGGAAAUCCAUGCUGUCUCCUUUUUUUUUAACCAAUUUAAUUUUUUUAAGUUGCAAAAAGGUAUUAUAAUACACAUACAGUGAGUACUGUAUAAAGUGUAUUCUCCGCCUCCCUUCCAUUUGUUUUUUGUUUGUUUGUUCGUUUGUUUAUUUGUGUUUUACUUAAGUAUUGAAGCAGUACUGUGUAACGCAUGUAAGUGGUAUUCCGUUUCUUUUGUAAUAAAGUUUGUUAGAAUUUUGUUUUUAAACAGUGUUUUCACAUGACGUCACGGCGGCCAUAUUGGUGUCCCAAACCAGUCCUGUGAGAGUUGAACUCUUUUCUUAUGCACACGGUUUCUUUUGUUCCAAUAAAUUUGCAUAGAUGCUGGCCACGUGAGUGAAAACACUCUAAAAAAGCGUUUUAAUUUUUUUAAGGUCAUUAGUUCUGGGUGUGGAGAUAGGGAAAGUGAUGAGUGACAAGAUUCUAAGGAAAGAAAAAUAAUUGCUUGCUAUGUUUUUUUUCUUUCAAUCACAAUUUCCAUUUUAGGUCUUCCAAUCUUCACAACAGUUCCACCUUCACUGGCUUCACCGGCACAAGGUACUACAUUUCAAGCAAAAUGUCAAGCUGAAGGAUAUCCUCGUCCCGUAAUAACCUGGAGUCGAUCGGUGUUGCCUUUACCUGCUGAAAGAACUGAGGUUAAUCCAGGUAUGCUCACCAUUAAGAACUUAAGCCUCGCUGACAGUGGUUUGUACGAGUGCGUAGCAACAAACAUUAUGGGAACAAAGAAGACAAGGAUCAACGUGGUGGUGCAAAGUCGUUUACGUUCAGGUUUGCAUUAAAGGGGUUUAGAGUUGAUUCUCGGUGAUGAGGCAGAACUAAUUAAUCAUUAAACAUGUAUUAAACAAGUCCAACUUAUUACGAUUUUUGAACUCACGAAAUGCCACCAGAGACCUUCGAAAGGCUGGCUAUCCUUAGUUAAGAUCUUGCAAACCGAGCUUUACGUUGUACCUUUAUACUGGCUUGUUUUCUAUGUUUGCAGGUAUAGCGAUUUUCUUUUUAUUGACUUGAAGGGCACGUAUAUUUAACUUGAAUUUUGUUUAUGAGUUUUUUUUACUUUUUCUUCAACCAACUGCUCAUGCUGUUAAUAUGUUUUAUGUUUUAGUAGGGCAAAUGCUAUAUUGAAAGAUAUAAGUUCGGAAGUUCAGAUUUGAUUCUGAUCCUACUUGCUACAUUGCCUCCCACCUUCUUGUAUACUUGACCUUUUCCAAUUUGUAUUCCUAGUUAUUUAUGGAGAAUUGAUACCAUCAUUUUUUUCUAAUUUAAAUAAGCCCCCCUCCCCCCCUCAAAUGCACUUGAAAUAAAUAAGCCCCCUGGGGGCUUACUUGAGGACGUACGGUAUUUUUCUUUUUAUGACACUUUGAGUUCACAAAUCCUCUAGCAGGCUGCAGUAUACAUAAAAUCGUGUGUUUACAAUACUAUAGUUACAUGUUGUUCGUGCAAAGCUGUUUUAUUUAUUUAUUUUUUUCGCUAAUUAAAUUAUUUAAUUUGUUUCUGUUUAUAUGUAAACUAGAAAUACGUGAAUCGCAGAACCUCGCGAAGCAGAGGUUAAGAAAAAGGAAAAGAAGGUGAUAGGGAAAAGAAAACAUAUAUAUUAAAACAAGCAAACAAACAAAAAAGGAAACAAAACAAAACAACAACAACAACAAAGAAAGGAAAGAAGAAAGAAGUGGUGCUAAGAAGGAUUCCAAACCCGCACCUUCGGCUCGACGCAACUUCACCUUAGCACUACACUACUAAGGAUGAUUACGAAAUCUUUGGGAAAGUCUUUAUUUAGCGCCUUUUCUAUGGAAACUCCGCUGGCAAACGCAGUUUAAAGCUGAUUGAGCCGUAUUUAACUACAAUUCAAAGGUGUAUUUCAGGAAAAUAACCGGGCUAUUUACAGUUAAAAACCAAUGUAAGGCAAUGAAAGAACAGCCUAACAAAACCAAUACAACUCGUCUGCGAAGUAGAACGCAAAACACAGGGGCACCCAACGAGGAUAUAGUUGAAAACCACUUAACAUAGCAUUGGUGAACGUAUUUUAGUAUUCAAACGGUAGAUAUAGGCAUAUUUUUAUCCCCUAAAAACUUUUCAUCUGUUCGGAUUUCCUAGCUGAAAGUCUAGUGAUCCGAAAAUUAUAGGGAUAAAAACUUACCUUCUCGAAAAUUUCAGCCAGGAAAAGGCUCCCGAAAAUUCUAGGAAACGUUUUUUAGGGUCAAAAUCCGUUAAAAAUGGGUAAUUAUACCAUUUUGUAGAUGUUCGAAAAUCCUAGAAGAUGCAGGCAAGCAAGAAAUUUUACAACAAAUGCUCCGAAAAUUCUAGAUCUCAAAUCGUCUUCCGAACAGAUAUUUUCCCGAAAAUUGCCGUUGGGUGCCCCUGAAAACAUAUGUUUUCUUACCUCGAUUUCUGCUGUUGCUUUGAAGCUAAUGGUCCAAAUCACAUCCAUUUUCUGUAAAAGGUACUUCUACGUAGGGAAAUGUAUUGCUCAAAGACUUUCGUGACCUCUUAAACGGCCGCUAAAGCAAUCGGGCCAGGUUUAUGGCGCUUUUGUUUACACGUUGUCUUGUUGUUUGCUUCGUUCGCCCAAAUCGAUAGAGAGAUUUAUGACCACAGCAAGAUCACGCCUCGCUUAACGAUUGUCGUGCGCCUUGCUUCGCGAGAAUUAACGAGAGCUUUGCUUAUAUCCCUUAUUUUGAUGACCCCAGGGUUACAUACUAAACAUCUAGUUCAGCUAUGCCCUCCCUGAGAUUGUAUGCAGAUCAUCUUAUCCAGAUCUACCUUAUAUUUAAACCUUUACGAGUUAGGACAAAGUACGAGCCAUACGAAAAAACAAAAAACAACAACAACAAAAAAAAACAAUAUAUAUAUAUCUACCUGGAGCUAUGAAAACCGGGUUAGCAAACAUGUUGUAAUUUUUCUCAACUUUCCCUGUCUAAUAGCUUGUUUACUGUGUUGUUUGCUUAUGUCUUUGUUUUUUGUUUUUUUGUUUUUUUGCUUGUUUUUUGGUUAGGGAUUUGUGUAGAAGUGGAAUUAGACAAAGUUACUAUCUUAUCCCCCCCCCCCGCCCCCGCCUCCGUAUUUUUUUCCCUACCCAUAAUUCUUUCUUUUAACACAAGUGACAGUUAUUUGAAAUCAGCGCGCGCCUAGAGCUGGUUUCGGUGCCGUUUAGCAGUUUAGUUUUACAUAUUGGUUUCCUUGAGAAAAGUUUCUCGGAGAGCAUCAUGUAAAGCUCUGAGAUGGGACAAAGUUAUUACGAUUCGCAGAGUCUGCAUCGUCCAAUAUCGUAUUGUAUUCUCGUUUCAUUUGGCUAAACGUAUCAGUCACCCUGAUCCGGGCUGAGGCGGAAAGGUACGAUAUUGUUCGCUUUUCUAAGAUGACCACUAAGCCGGCGGAUCUUGUUUACUGUGGGUAAUGUCGACUGAGAUAUCGGUCGACAUAGCGGUCGAUAUAGCGGUCGACAGUCGGUCGAUAUAGCGGUCAACAGUCGGUCGAUAGUCGGUCGAUAGUCGGUUGACAGUCGGUCGAUAGUCGGUCGAUAGUCGGUCGAUAGUCGGUCGAUGGUCAGUCGAUAGUCGGUCGAUAGUCGGUCGAUAGUCGGUCGAUAGUGAGAUAGACUAUCGGCCGAGUAUCGGUCGAUAUUUCGUCGACGCACCUCGACUUACUAUCGGUCAUAUGUCGGUGAUAUAUCGGUCAACUGUCGGUGAUAUAUCGGUCAACUGUCGGUGGUAUAUCAGUCAACUGUCGGUGGUAUAUCGGUGAACUGUCGGUGGUAUAUCGAUCAACUGUCGGUGGUAUAUCGGUCAACUGUCGUUCGAAUAUUAGUCGAGUGUUAAUUUAUCAGGUGAGUCCUAUGGCUUUUUUUUUAAGCAAAGACGUCAUUAAUUACUGUUAUCAUGUGAUGGGGAACAUGUGCCAGUGCAAGGCGCGAUUACGCUAUGAAGAGAACCGAAGAGCACUGGGAACUAAGGACAUGAUAACCUUUUUUUUUUCCAGUUUGUAUCAUCACCGAUCGUCUGAGUUUUAGCUGUUAAACAGAACCUGUCUCAGCCUAAGUUGAAUCUGCUGCUCCUGUGGUCCCGCAAAAAUGUAGGAAAAUGUAGGAAAUGCUAAGUGUCGACCGACCAUCGACCGAGUGUCGACCAAUUACUGACCGACACAUCGGUCAAGUAUCGACCAACUAUCGACCAAGUAUCGGCGAAGUGUCGGCGAAAUGUCGGCGAAAUGUCGGCGAAAAGUCGGCGAAGUGUCGGUGAACGAAAAGCUAUAUCGGCCGAGACACAUCUGGAACGACUAUCGGCCGUGUCUCGACCGAGUGUCGACCCACUAUCGACCGACUAUCGACCGACUAUCGACCGCUAUAUCGACCGACUGUCGACCGAGUGUCGACCGACUAUCGACCGAGUGUCGACCGAGUAUCGACCGACUGUCGAUCGAGUGUCGACCGACUAUCGACCGAGUGUCGACCGCUAUAUCGACCGCUAUAUCGACCGAUAUCUCGGUCGACAUUACCCACAGUAAACAAGAUCCCCGGCGGCCUCGGGAAUAGGCUCUUAGGAGUCAAAUGAAUUAGGCGAGAGCAAAAUUGCAGGUGAACUUUGAUCCGGGCCAAGACGUCGUUUUUUUUCUGGUGUGAAAACAAGGCCAAGAUGAUCCGCCGACCGUGUGACUCUACAUCCGGGUACUUGAAUAAGACGAGUGUAAGAGAAAAGUCCAGAGGUGUUUAUCUGGCAAUAGGCUGAGUUUUUCCGAGUUAUUCGAUGAUAUUUCGCUUAUGUUACAGUGAAACCGGUUGUGCGUUUGCGCGCCACUUUGCAAUAUUGUCACGCAAUGUUGGUAUUUUGAUUGGCAGUUUGCUCCGAGCAAGUUGCCAUUCAAAUUUCAAUUUGCUGCCUGAGCAAACGGUUUUUCAUAUUGGAAUAUUGUGAGUUGACUACGAUGGCAAGCAACAUUACCUCUGUUUCAAAGAGGGUAAAAGUAAUUUCCCUCUGGUCGUCGGGCUAUCGAAAUAAAGAAAUAUGUUCAAGGCUUCAUCUUUCACAUCAAACCGUCUCCAAUAUCCUUUCAAAGUUCCUGCAAAAUGGGACGGCGGCUCCGGGAAAACCAGGAAUCACAUGGUCGGCGGAUCACCUUAGCCUUGUUUUCACACCAGAAAAAAACGACGUCUUGGCCCGGGUCAAAGUUCACCUGCAAUUUUGCUCUCACCUAAUUCAUUUGACUCCUAAGAGCCUGUUCCCGAGGCCAAAGACUAAGUGGUCACCUUAGAAAAGCGAACAAUAUCGUACCUUUCUGUUUCAGCCCGGAUCAGGAUCAGAAUAUAAUACGAUAUUGGACGAUGCAGACUCUGUGAAUCGUAAUAACUUUGUCCCAUCUCAGAGCUUUACAUGAUGCUCUCCGGGAAACUUUUCUCAAGGUGAUCAAUAUAUGAAUCAAUCAAUCAAUCAAUCAAUCAAUCACUGAACGAAAUGGAUGAAAAACUUUAUUCAUGUGUCAAACGAUCUAGCGUAAGGAAAUCCAUACAAUAAUUGGGGACACCUAGUUAUCUCUACCACAUAAACUUGUCUAUAGCUGUUAGUAUAACCUGCUUGAUCUUGUUUGGCUUAACUGGUUCUUGUAUUUUUGGCUACUAAAGUGGCAAAUGUUUGCCAGGGGCUUCUUGAUUAACAGGUUCUUAUACGCAGGUGUUUACUGUAUUAGAAAUGUAUGGAACAUGGGCCUGCCUGUCAUAUCUCUGGGUGUAAUAAGGCCCAAAUUUUACUACCUCAGUCUCUUUUUUUAUAUAUAUACCGUUGGAAAGUCAACAUAAUUGAUAUUGACGUCUGAGCAAUCAGUUGUAAUCACUCCAAUUUUAAUUCUUGUCGAUAUUUGUUCAGAUUUAGAAGACUCCGUUAUUGUGGGAAACAGCAUAAAUUACUUGAGGAUUUUAAGAAGCUGGCUGUCGCCUGUGGCACGAAGCGUGAAGUCUGCCUGGAAGCGCUGUUGGCAUGCAUCUGUGGACGGUUGGGCUGCAAGAACAUUUCACUCACGAUGUGAUGGCAAGGGACCGACUGUAACAAUAAUAAGGGUUGGGAAAUAUAUUUUCGGAGGAUACACCAGUGUAUCAUGGGGUAAGUUGACAUUGCAAAACGAAUACACAAUUUUAAUACGAACGGCUACUAGCUUUGUUUUAAAAAACAAAGCUAGUAGCCGUUCGUAAAUUUAAAGUCUUAAAAGACUUUAAAUUUGAUCCAGAUCGUUACGAUUAUUUACUUCCGUUAAGAUUACUUAUCCUGACAUAACAUAUGUAAUGGUCUGUUCGGGAUUGAAAUUACAGGCUCUAAACAACAAUUGUACCUGAGCAGGGGAAGGAAGCCUUUCGAUAAAACGUCUGUAUAUGAAAAUACUGCAAAAUUGUUAAAUUUUGGUUUUGAAAUGUUUGUACUUGUCCUACAACUACAAAGUAACAUAAACAAAACGUAUCAGACUCAAAUUCGUUUCAAAGAAGAAAACUUGUUUCCAGGUUUGUCUCUGGUGCCAAUGCACUUGACGAGUGGUUUAAUUUCCAAAGUAAGUAUCAGAACAAACGGCGCUAAUUACACUUGGUUCCAUCUUUAAUUUCUCUCUGAUAGAUUCCACCAGUGGGUUUAAGUACGACUCCAAAGCAUUUUUGUUUUCACUGGUGAACAAACCAGGAUGGGCACCUGUUAAACUGCCUCAGACAGGGAAAUAUAGUUCAUACAGAUAUUCAAUAUUCUCUAGCUCAUCGUAUGGGCCUACAUUCACCGGAGGAGGAGGUGACAUUUACAUUUCCAAUUACGCGUCAUCCAAUAGCAAUUCUCUCAGCAACCUUGGCUAUACUUACAGCCCACCGAGCGGGUACAGCCAAGGCAGCACCUUCGCCCAAACAUUCCUGGCAGGAACUUACAAGUUCACACCAGACGAAGUAGAAACUUUUUACGAAACAAAUUGAAAAAUAACAAUGCACUUUUUGAUAUCGAUUCCGUUAGUUGUCAAUUUACUAGUCGUUUUUACAAAACCAGAAAAAGAGAUGUAACACUCGAAAAUAUUCACCGGUAAAAAGUUGGUUAUCAUUAUUGAGGCCCCAUUAUAACUUAAAUACCAAAUACAUAUCAAGUGAUAUAAUGACGCGUCUAACUAACAUUUCUUAUGCUUUAAGAGUAUUUACUUAAAAUAGCACCAUCCUCAAAUA